CAACUCACUGACCAACAUCUGGCCUGAGGCUAUAACGCUCGAGGGCCACGGCCGCUGCAUCAGCUCCGUGGCCUUCUCGCCCGACUCGCAGCGGCUCGCGUCCGGCUCCAACGACAAGACCGUCAAGCUCUGGGAUCCGAGGACGGGCGUCUGCACGGCGACGCUCAAGGGCCGCCGAUAG